GUGGAGUCUACACAGAGCAUGAUCCGGAUCCUGGGACUGUCAGCCACCUUGCCAAACUACCUGGAUGUGGCCGCCUUCCUGCAUGUCAACCCCUACAUUGGCCUGUUUUUCUUUGACAGCCGCUUCAGACCUGUGCCUCUUGGACAAACCUUUGUCGGCAUCAAAACCACCAACAAGAUCCAGCAGAUGCAUGACAUGGAAGAGGUGUGUUAUAACAAAGUUCUGGACCAGAUUAAAGCCGGUCAUCAGGUCAUGGUGUUUGUUCAUGCUCGCAACGCCACAGUGAGGACAGCCUUUGGGUUGAUAGAGAUGGCCAAAAACCGAGGAGAAAUCUGCUUCUUUCAGCCAGACCAGGGUCCGGACUAUGGCCAGUGUGAGAAACAGAUCCAACGCUCCAGAAACAAGCAGAUGAAGGAAAUGUUCCCAGAAGGCUUUGGGAUCCACCAUGCUGGGAUGCUGCGGUCUGACCGCAGUCUGAUGGAGAGCUCCUUCUCUAAGGGCCACCUGAAGGUGCUGGUCUGCACGGCCACCUUGGCCUGGGGAGUCAACCUGCCAGCCCAUGCCGUUAUCAUUAAGGGAACUCAAAUCUAUGAUGCGAAGCGUGGUGCUUUUGUGGACCUGGGAAUUCUGGACGUCAUGCAGAUUUUUGGCCGAGCAGGUCGACCUCAGUUCGACAAGUACGGCGAGGGCACCAUCAUCACCACCCACGACAAGCUGAGUCAUUACCUCACCCUGCUCACCCAGCAGAAUCCUAUAGAGAGCCAGUUCCUGGGCAGCCUGGCCGACAACCUCAAUGCAGAGGUCGCUCUGGGAACCGUGACCAACGUGGAGGAGGCUGUGAAGUGGCUCAGUUACACCUACCUGUACGUGCGGAUGAGGGCCAACCCACUGGUGUACGGCAUCAACCACAAAGCCUUUCAGAUGGAUCCAGGUUUGGAGCUGUACAGGAAGGAGCUGGUGGUAGAGUGCGGCCGGAAGCUGGACAAGGCCAGGAUGAUCCGCUUUGAGGAGCGCACCGGCUACUUCGCCUCCACAGACCUGGGCAGGACAGCCAGCCACUUCUACAUCAGAUACAACACCAUAGAGACGUUCAACGAACUUUUUAACUCUCAGAGGACCGAAGCAGACAUCCUCAGUAUUGUGUCCAAAGCAGAGGAGUUUGAUCAGUUAAAGGUCCGCGAUGAGGAGCUGGAGGAGCUGGACAAUAUGCUGAGCAACUACUGCCGGCUGCCGGCGGCGGGCGGCGUGGAGAACAGCUACGGCAAAGUGAACAUUUUGCUGCAGACCUACAUCGGACGGGGAGAGGUCGACGGCUUCUCGCUCAUCUCAGACCUCUCGUAUGUGGCACAGAACGCUGCUCGCAUUGUCAGGGCUUUGUUUGAGAUCGCUCUGAGGAAGCGCUGGCCUGCCAUGACCUACCGACUGCUCAACCUCUGCAAGAUGAUCGACAAGCGGCUGUGGGGCUUCGCCCACCCUCUCCGCCAGUUCCCCAACCUGAGCCACGUCAUACUCAACCGCUUAGAGGAGAAGAGGCUCACUGUGGACAAACUGAAGGAAAUGAAGAAGGAUGAGAUCGGUCACAUGCUGCACCAUGUCAACAUUGGACUGAAUGUCAAGCAGUGCGUCCACCAGAUUCCCGCCUUCACAAUGGAGGCCAGCAUCCAGCCAAUCACACGCACUGUUUUACGUGUGCGUCUUCUCAUCACUCCUGACUUCCGCUGGAAUGACCAGGUCCACGGGUCUGUGGGUGAGCCGUGGUGGUUGUGGGUGGAAGAUCCCAUCAAUGAUCAUAUCUACCACUCUGAGUACUUCCUUCUGCAGAAGAAACAGGUGGUGACCAAAGAGCCUCAGCACAUAGUAUUCACCAUUCCUAUCUUUGAGCCGUUGCCCUCCCAGUACUACAUUAAGGCGGUGUCUGACCGCUGGCUCGGAGCCGAGGCUGUGUGUAUCAUCAACUUCCAGAACCUCAUUCUACCUGAGAGACAUCCCCCACACACUGAGCUUCUGGACCUGCAGCCGUUGCCUGUGACGGCUCUGGGGAACCGAGAGUUUGAGAGUCUGUACAAGUUCACUCACUUUAAUCCCAUCCAGACGCAGAUCUUCCACACACUGUACCACACUGACACCAACGUCCUGCUGGGGGCACCAACAGGCUCUGGUAAAACCAUUGCAGCAGAGCUGGCCAUGUUCCGGGUCUUCAACAAGUAUCCGUCCUCUAAGGUCGUCUACAUUGCCCCUUUAAAAGCCUUGGUGAGAGAGAGGAUUGAGGACUGGAAGGUCAGGAUUGAAGAGAAACUUGGAAAAAAAGUGGUAGAGCUGACGGGUGACGUGACUCCAGAUAUGAGAGCUAUAGCACAAGCUGACCUCAUCGUCACCACACCAGAGAAAUGGGAUGGAGUGAGUAGAAGUUGGCAGAACCGGAGCUACGUUCAAAAAGUGGCCAUUCUCAUCAUAGAUGAGAUCCACCUGCUGGGUGAGGACAGAGGCCCUGUGUUGGAGGUCAUUGUGUCCAGGACUAACUUCAUCUCCUCUCACACUUCAAAGAGCGUGAGAGUGGUAGGUCUGUCCACGGCUCUGGCCAACGCUCGGGACCUCGCUGACUGGCUGGGAAUCAGACAGGUGGGAUUGUUUAACUUCCGUCCGUCCGUGCGUCCUGUCCCACUGGAGGUUCACAUCCAUGGUUUCCCAGGACAACACUACUGUCCCCGCAUGGCCAGCAUGAACAAGCCCACCUUCCAAGCCAUUCGCAGUCAUUCUCCCGCCAAGCCAGUGCUCAUUUUUGUGUCAUCAAGAAGACAAACCCGUCUAACUGCCCUGGACCUCAUUGCCUAUCUGGCCACAGAGGAUAACCCCAAGCAGUGGCUGCACCAAGACGAGAGAGAGAUAGAGGACAUCAUUGCCACAGUGAGGGACUCCAACCUGAAGCUGACCCUUGCCUUUGGGAUAGGCAUGCACCACGCAGGUCUUCAUGAGAGGGACAGAAAGACUGUGGAGGAGCUGUUUGUCAACUGUAAGAUACAGGUUCUGAUUGCCACCAGUACUCUGGCAUGGGGAGUAAACUUUCCUGCUCACCUGGUGGUUGUCAAGGGGACAGAGUACUAUGAUGGAAAAUCCAGGCGCUAUGUGGACUAUCCCAUAACAGAUGUCCUGCAGAUGAUGGGCCGAGCUGGUCGUCCACAGUUUGAUGACCAGGGCAAAGCAGUUAUUCUGGUCCAUGACAUCAAGAAGGAUUUCUACAAGAAGUUUCUCUAUGAACCAUUCCCUGUUGAGUCCAGCCUCCUCAGUGUGCUGUCAGAACAUCUGAAUGCUGAAAUUGCAGCUGGAACCAUCUCAUCCAAGCAGGACGCCAUGGAUUACAUUACCUGGACGUACUUCUUCAGACGGCUAGUGAUGAACCCCAGUUACUACAACCUAGAAGACAUCGGCCAUGAGUCCAUUAACAAGUAUCUGUCCAACUUGGUGGAAAGAAGCCUGCGGGACCUGGAAUGCUCCUACUGCAUUGAGAUUAAAGAGGAUGAUCAGACAGUCGAGCCACUGACAUACGGUCGCAUUGCCUCUUAUUACUACCUGAAGCAUCCGACCAUCCGGAUGUUUAAAGAGCGGCUGAGGGCUGAGCUGCCGCUGCAUGACCUGCUUUCUGUCCUCACGGAGGCGGAGGAGUACGCCGAGCUGCCGGUCAGACACAACGAGGACCAGCUCAACAGCCAGCUAGCUCAGCAGCUCCCUCUGCAGGUCAACCCCCACUCCUUUGACAGUGCUCACACCAAGACUCAUCUCCUGCUGCAAGCACACUUCAGCCACGCCCAGCUCCCAUGUAGUGACUACACCACCGACACAAAGACCGUUCUGGACAACGCCAUUCGUAUCUGUCAGGCAAUGCUGGAUGUAGCAGCCAAUGAAGGCUGGCUUGUUACAGCCCUGAGUGUCUGCAACCUGGUGCAGAUGAUCGUCCAGGGCCGCUGGCUCCACGACUCAUCAUUACUGACUCUUCCACACAUUGAGCAACACCACCUGCAUCUGUUCAGGCAAUGGGCAGGUAGAGGAGGAAGGAGUGGUGCUGAAGGCUUCCGUGGACCCAUUGAAGGACUACCUGAGCUUAUUGCUGCCUGCAGUGGUAAAGAAAGUGUUUUCUCUGCUAUUGUCGGCCAGGAGUUUCACCCAAGUCAAAUACUCCAGGCAUGGUCCUUCCUGAGUCACCUCCCAGUGCUGGAGGUCCAGAUGAGUGUGAAGGGCUGGUGGGAACAGAGCCAGGAGCAGAUGGAGCGGCCCCUCCCUGCAGCGGGCGCUAACCUGAGAGAGGAGAGCAGCUGGCUGGAUGUGCAUGCUGACCAGGAGUACGUCCUGCAGGUGGCGCUGCGUCGGAUCAAUCUGGGUCAGCAGAGGAGAAAGCAAGACAGCAAGGCCCAGGCUCCCAGGUUCCCCAAGGCGAAGGAUGAGGGCUGGUUCCUCGUCAUGGGGGAAGUGGAUCGCAAGGAGCUGCUGGCUGUCAAACGGGUCGGAUACGUCCGCAAUCACACAGCCGUGUCUGUGGCCUUCUUCACUCCAGAGAAGACUGGAAAGUGCAUCUACACCCUGUAUGUGAUGAGUGACAGCUACCUGGGCCUGGACCAGCAGUAUGACAUCCACCUGAAUGUAACGGCAGCCAGCAUCGCCGCACAGGUCAACACAGAAGUGGUGGACUCGCGGAGCGCACCGUCCUUCAGCUGAGGACCGGCCGCAGAGGAACCUUUCAUCUGCCGCAGCACGGCAGCAGCUCAGGUGUCGCCGUCAGGAAGUCACGGUGGACCUGAACACAGCGACCAACUCCUCUCACAUGUCCUCUUUGGCCGUACUUAUCUGUCCUUAGUUUUCACACAUUAUUUUCUAAAGUUUAAAUAAAGUUAACAGGGGUCCAAAUGCUUUGGUUUCAAAAGAAAUUACUUUCAAACAGCUAGUUUUUCAUCUGUGAGCUGCCAGUUUGGACCUGAGUUUGCAGCGUGAGAGAGCGUAGAGGAACACCUGGUAGUUCUUCCUCCAGCUGAUCCAUUAUUAUAGAACAUCAUCGGCUCAUUUAUUCCUCAACUCAAGUAACAAAUAGAGGAGCCUUGAAGAGUUUGCAGUUUAAAAAAUGCAGCAAGUUGGAGGUUUAAACAUACCUUGCCUGCAUGGUUUACUGGAGCAAAUCCAAACCUGGUUAUUCAGCUACUGGGAAAAUGCUUUGUUGUUUCUAUACGUCGCUGGUGCUGGUGGCGGAAAUUCCUCAUUUAAUCAGGAUUUCUCUGACUGAUGAAACUCAGCUUUGAAUUGAAGAGUUGGAAACUGUUCCUCCGCUGCUUGACUAGCAGCCACCCUUCCAUCAACAGAGGGACAGAGCAGUUCUUUUUUCUGGCAGUAGCAUAGUUCAUGAAGGCUCCCAAUCAUCCAUGUUGCCGUUAUUAGACAGCGAUCUCCCCACAUUGUGAUGGCAUGGGUGUGAAUAUUGUUUAAUGUUAUGUCAUUGAAAUGUAUGUCAGCAGCGGCAAGUAUUGAGAUAAGACCACUACUCAGUCCUACCGCUGCUACGAGGAGACAGCAGUGAACAGAGCUGUUGUGGACACAGCCUUGUGUCAUCCACUGUGGCCUUGUGGGGACCUGAGACCCAUAGCAGUUCAUUGGAUCUAAUCUGAAAUAAAGGUUUAAAGCAAAGAACAACAAAUGUGUGUUUUUUUUUAUUUCCAUGUUUAAGAUGGAAUGUGUACACCCUUUAGUUAAUUGUUGCAGCGGGUCAAACCGAAAAAGACAGACAGUUCAAUGUGCUGCAGUGGAUUUAAAGUGCAGAUCAGUGACCGAGUACGAGUGUUGCUCAACGGAGGAUUCAUCUGAUGCAUGUCUUCUCACUGACUUCCCACCUCCUGGGUCACCAAGCAGAACCAACAUGGCAGAAAUGGAUCUGCGUUGAAAGUCACAUUGUGAAACAAGUCAGACUGACUUAAUACCAGACCCUGGAAUUAUUUCAAAAUAAAAUUUCUCUUUGAGAUGA